AUGUCAAAUCUUGCCAAACUUGAAUUUGCGGCCUUAGACAUCUCAGGCAAGAACUAUUUUUCAUGGGUGUUAGAUGCUGAAAUUCACCUAGAUGCUAAAGGUCUAGGAAAUACUAUAUUAGCAGAUAAAGAAGCAUCUAAUCAAGACAAGGCAAAAGCAAUGAUUUUCAUCCGUCAUCAUCUGCAUGAAAGAUUAAAAGUGGAAUAUCUCACUGUGAAAGACCCUCUUGAGUUGUGGAAAAAUUUGAAAGAACGAUUUGACCAUCAGAAAACUGUGAUACUCCCUAAAGCUCGUUAUGAUUGGAUGCACUUACGGUUGCAAGAUUUUAAGACUCAGCAAUACCGUGAAAAAGGUUUUAAAAGGUAUUCUGAAUUGAUUUCAUGCCUUUUGGUGGCUGAGCAAAAUAAUGAGCUAUUGAUGAAAAAUCAUGGAAUUCGUCCCACUAGUUCUGCACCAUUCCCUGAAGUGAAUGUAGCAGUUGCCACCAUAGAUGACGCCUAA